AUGACAAGACCCCAGAUGAUUCGGGCUGACACCAUCGACCUUCAAAGUCAAGAGUCUCCUUCUGCUAAGAAACACAAUACCCCUUCACCUUCGAAAUCAGCGUCGAACGCGAACGCGAACGGGUCACUCGCGCCGCAUCAGGCUGAGACCAUACGCGAAGUCGAAGAAGAUAGGGCUGGAGAGGAAGGCCGAAGUCCUAGAGCCUCGUGGCCCGAUGGUGACGAACGUACCGAUUUACAACAGUACGCCGCAGAUCUCGCGAACGGUAUUGCGAAUUCCUUGAAUGGCAACAAGAUGCAAUCCGAGGAUGCGCUCGCUAUCGCGCAAAAUGGAGGAACCACAGGCGCCAACUCCGACGACGGAGAUCUGGACGCCAGUGCCGACGACGACUUGGAUGAUGACAUGAUGGAUAAGAUUUCGAGUUCUCCUUCGAUUGAAGAUGGUGGGUGCUCCUCUCCGCCGCUUGUCUGGCCACAGCGCGUCGAUUCCUUGAAACCUAUAAUUCCACCACCCGAUUCCUCCUAUUCUCCGGUGCUCAGUGAGACGGAACCAUACCCAACUCCACAACAUUCCCACCAUCAGGCAAGCAAGGCUUCUGCUGAUGCGUCAAAUCGUCGUCAUCAUCUUCUUAGUGAAUGUACCGAAGCGGCCGACCGCGCAAGUCAUGGCAAGUAUCUUAACGACCUGUCGCUACCCGAACCUGGAUUAGACAUAGACAAUGGUAUCGACCGACCCGCUGUCUCUGGAGCGCAAUCAAAGACCUACGGUUUGUCUUUGCGUCAACAGUCACGCACCCGAGCCGUGGGACCCGAAUUAGAUGCGAAAGAACGCCAGAUCUCGCCAUACGACUUUUUAUCCCCCUAUAUUCCAUAUGAUGAUCCCGGAGUGGAUGAUGAUGAUGACGAUGACGAGACCCUCCUAACUACUGAUCCCAGAUUCAUUGAUAUUGGUUGGGGUGGUGAAUACUUACAAGACUUAGAGGACAUCGAUUUCGAAUUCGUUUACGCUCUUCAUACUUUCGUCGCUACCGUCGAAGGUCAAGCUAAUGCCACUAAGGGUGAUACCAUGGUAUUGCUUGACGAUAGUAAUAGUUACUGGUGGCUCGUCAGAGUGGUAAAGGAUAGCAGCAUAGGAUACUUACCAGCAGAGCACAUUGAGACCCCUACUGAAAGGCUGGCGCGUCUCAACAAGCACCGGAAUAUUGAUCUAUCGGCGACGAUGCUUGGCGAUCAAGCCGAGAAGGCCAAGAACCCUCUCAAGACGGCCAUGAAGAGAAGAAAGGCCAAAACUGUUGCAUUUGCGGCCCCAACUUAUGUCGACUACUCUGAUAUAGAUUACUCUACUGAGGAGGAGGAUGGCGAUGACGAAAAGAAGACCCAGAAGCAGGACUCGCAAAAGACCCAACAGCAACAGGAAAAGCAGGCAUCCUCUCAGCAAGUAACAGACGACGUUUCAGAUGAUGAUGAAUCCGCGAAGGUGGAACCGCUUAAGACUCGAGGUCCGCAGAAACAGGUUAAGGUGGAACCCUUAAAGAUCGAAGAAAGAGGUAGAUCAAGUUCGGUUACUUCAGGCGAAGUUCGUAGGGAUAGCAGUGAUAUUUUCGAUGCAAAGCCCGAGAGGGUCACGAGGAAUGGCACCGUCAGAAACACAGAUUCUUUCUUUAAGGACGAGACAAUUGAGACCAAGAAGAUUUCAUUGACUCCUGGUCUAUUACGGGACGACAACGAGGCGCGAGUCUCGAGCGACUCGAAAGACUCAUCGUUACGGCAACGGCCGAGCCUAGAAAAAGAUCUUGUUCCCGAUAAGCAGAAGGAUGAAAAGAAGAAAAAGGAAAAGAAGCCAAGCGCAAUCCGGAGUUUCUUUUCGAGGAAAGAUAGGAAAAAAUCCGUUGACGAAGACGAUGACUCGCUUGGUAAAAGGUCUCUGGAUGCCACUACUGAUACAGUAGAAAAGGAGGCGGAGGAUGCGCAUGCGGUUGAUGUGGAUUCGUCGCCCGAGAAAUCGGUGGCGCCAUUGCGCAAUCCAAGCAAGCUUCAGAAGAACCAGCCCAGGAACGAUCCCUCGCCAACGCGCAAGUCUUCUGUAACGUCGCAAAUAGGCACGGACCGUGGCCCUACGGCCCCGGAGGCUAGGAUUAAUAAUGUGUCAACCUUACCGCCGGCGACGCUGAGAAUGGUGGAAUCUGACCAGGCCGAGAGCCAAGAUCGACCAUCGCAAAAGAGGGAGAGGUCUAACUCGAAAUCUAUUCUUUCGAAGGAGAGUAAGCCGCCAAAGGUUACCAAGGCAAAGGCGCGGGUUGAGCUUGAUGACUUUGACUCCCCUGACGAGGAGGAAAUCCAACCAGAGCCGACCAGAGUUCCUCCCGAACCCAAACGGCAACCCUCCGAAGAGAAGCAGUUACAACCUGUUUUACCAGGAGCGUUUCCGGAUAGCUACAGUACCCAGACGUCUAUGUCUGAGCUCAGUGACCAAACUUCGAAGACUCAACGUCCUGUUACCGAAGAACGUUUAUCCGAAUCUCCUGUAGAAGUCUCACCGGUCGUGUCUUCUUCUAAUCCCCCUGCUCUCAUGGUCGACACAUCAAGCCAGGAAGACCGUUCUUCCCCUGUUUCGUCGCCAUCUCCAGAACUUGUAGAUAUUGAUGACCGAACUCAUGAGAAACAGGAUUCUGUGACAACAUCAACGUCGGCCACGACCACCUCGACUUGGAACGAUGCCAACCUCCGAGCCUUCUUCGACUCGGGGUCUGAUAUUCGAGACUUGUUAGUAAUAGUAUACGAUAAGAACGAUGUCGCACCCGCUGGUCCCGAUCAUCCUGUAGUAGGCACGUUGUUCCGAGAGCAGAACGCAAGGUUGGCCGAAAUUACGACACAACUGGAUAACAUGCUUGGGGACUGGUUAGCCCGGAAGCAACGACUCCGAGGCACGGUAUAA